AUGCAGGCUGUUGAUGUCACCCAUGGUGAAAGUGCCAAGGCAUGCACGUGGGGUGUAGCCUAUGAAGUCCGUGGGGAACAAAUUGCUGCAUCGCUCCAGUAUCUCAACAUGCGAGAAGCUGUCCUGGGAGGCUACGACACCAAGUUGGUGAAGUUCCACCCUCAGGAGAAAGAUGCCGAGGAACCCAUCCUGGCUCUUGUUUAUAUUGCAACACCCCAGAACCCUUCUUACCUCGGCCCAGCGUCUGAAGAAGACAUUGCAGCUCAAAUCAUUGUCUCAAGUGGUUGUGCUGGUCAUAACAUUGAAUACUUGCUGAGACUGGCAGACUUUAUGCGCUACUUUUGUCCUCAAGCAGAGGAUAAACAUCUCUUCUCUAUCGAAGAGGCUCUUAUUUCCAUCCUUCCAUGCCUGUACUACACAGAGGAGUCUCUAGAAGAAACUGCAAGUGUCCCUCAGAAGUCUAAGGGUUGAAAUAGGAAAUUUUUUUUGCAGGGUCCCAGUAGAAGGGACAUAAGGGAGGAAGCAAUGGGGACAAUCUUAACUGAUAAAAUAUACUGGACUGAGUGAAUAAAGGGAGAAUUAGCAUGUAGUAGGGGAGGGAGGAAGUAGAGUAAAACAUGCUUGCUAUAGGACUUGUAAUUAGUACCUGUUACACUCCUUACCUGUAGCACCAUGAUAGCCAUCACUGCUUUCCAGGUGGGGAGCAGGGAUCUCUGCUGGAACUUUGCUCUGUAAGACUUGCUUCCGUGGGUCAAACCUGAAGCACUCUCCUUCUUUAGAGAAGGAGGAGGCUCGUCUAUUCUGUGCACUUUUUUUUCUUUGAAGACUAGUUGAGCAGGACUUGACUGGGUUUAAGCAGUAUAUAUGUAAUUCUACCUCAGAUUGGCAAAAAGCUGUUUGUGUGGUGGUGGAGACUUGGGCAGGUUCUGCCAAAUAAGACCUCCUUUUUUCCCCUGCCAUGUCCCACCUCCAGGACAAUGACUGAAAAAAGUAGAGUCAUAGAACCUGACACUAGAUUUCAGGAUGUCUGUGCAAUAUUAAGUGAACUGGCCUCUGUAGGCUCUUUGGAUCCUACUUCCUUAUGUUGUGAAGGAUCAUGCUAAUGCACUUAUUUUCUAAAAUGUCAUAUUGUAUUUAUUACGUGUUGUAUUUCCCCUUAGGAGGGGUAUCUAAACUGUUCACAUGCCACAGUGGUAUGUAGCCCGCAUUUAGCCUUGCAUUUGUACCUUCUAGUUUUAAAUCAGUUUUCUGAGGAGCUAAGCCUGCUUUAAUGACAGCAGCUUUUCUCCAAGCUUUGCUGACCUUGUGCUGCUACAGACUUAACUGACUCCGUACGAAAUGGUCCUGCCUGUGUGGGAAGUCUGUGCUGUCUGCAGGAAAGCUGUCUGGAUGCAGCAGCACUUUAGCCCUGUACUGGAUAAACCUCUGGUGCUUAGGAUAACGUGGGUUUCUGUAGAAACGUCUGAGGUUCUAGUUCCAUACCUGGGUGUCUGUCUGGUACGCUUUUAUUUGACUGCAAAGGACCAUGACUGAGCAUAUUUGCAAGCCUUUGAGCUACUGAAAAGCCUGCCUUGAUUGUGUUAAGCAGGGGCACUGCUACAAGCUCAGACUUUUCACCUUCACAUAUUAACAGCAUGAAAACCCAUAGUAUUUAGUAAGAAAACUGCUGCUGCUGCAACUGCAGCAAAAUAGCUCUUGAGAGCUGACCCCUGGGACAUCUGACUCCUCACAAAUAUGUGGGGUUUUAUUAUUAAAAAAGAGAGCAUAGGGACUGUUUGUAUUACUGUGGCUUGUAUGUAUAUGAAGUCAUACUGUGCUGUGCCCAGUAAUAAAACAAACUGACAAAGUUAGUUUUCUGU